AUGAAAGCUUUAGUAUACAACGGUCCUGGUAAAAGAGUCCUACAAUCUUUACCAAUUCCAAAAGUUCAAUCCCCAACAGAUGCAAUCAUCAAGUUAGUUGCAACAACAAUCUGUGGUACUGAUCUUCAUAUCUUCAAAGGUGACACUCCUGAAGUCAAAGAAGGUACAAUUGUGGGUCAUGAAGGUGUUGGUAUUGUUCAUGAAGUCGGUUCAGGUGUGAAAAACUUCAAAUUGAAUGAUAAGGUUUUGAUCUCUUGUAUCACUUCAUGUGGUCAAUGUGUUUAUUGUAAGAAAAAUUUACAAUCUCAUUGCGUUGAUGGUGGUUGGAAUUUAGGUCAUUUCAUUAAUGGUACUCAAGCUGAAUAUGUCCGCAUUCCUCAUGCUGAUUACUCUUUACAUAAUGUCAGUCAAUACAAGGGCAAAAUUUCUGACAAGGCUUUAUUAAUGUGUUCAGAUAUCUUGCCAACUGGUAAUGAAAUUGGUGCAAUUAAUGGACAAAUUACAAAAGGUGAUAUCGUCGCAAUUGUUGGUGCUGGAUCUGUUGGUAUUUCUGCUUUGAUUGCUUCAAAAUCUUAUAAUCCAGGGUUAGUGAUUAUGAUUGAUCCAGAUGAAGAGAGAUUGAGAAUUUCUAAAGAAACUUUUGGUGCAGAUAUUGGAAUCAAUCCUACAAAAGUUGAUGUUAAAGAGGAAAUUGCUCAAAUUGUCACCACUGUCAACAAAGGUGAAAGGGCUGAUUUGGCUGAAGGUGUUGAUGUUGCUAUUGAAUGUGUUGGUAUUAAGGCAACUUUUGAUACCUGUCAGAAUAUUAUUGCUCCAGGUGGUAGAAUCGCAAAUGUCGGUGUUCAUGGUGCUCCUGUUGAAUUACAAAUCCAAGAUUUAUGGUCUGCCAACAUAACAUUGGCCACAGGAUUGGUUAACGCUUAUUCUACUGCUGAUUUGUUGGAGAAGAUUCACCAAAAGACUUUAGAUCCAACUAAUCUUGUCACUCAUAGUUAUAAAUUUGAUCAAGUGUUGGAGGCUUAUGAGACUUUUGCCGAUUCCGCAAAAAACAAAUGUAUUAAAGUCUUCCUUGAAUUUGAUCAAUAA